AUGGCCGGGGAGCCCCCUACAGACGGCCUGGUCGCGCCGCUUUGCGCUGGAGGCUCACCGCCCUCCCCCUCCUGGCCUCUGCCCUGCGUCUCCACCCCAAAGCCCGAGUGCAGACUCCCGCUGUUGGGGGCCCCGAGCCCCUCUCAGAAAUGCCGGGUCUCCCGUGGCAACGGGCUGGAGGGUGCUGCGGGAGAGGCUCGCGAGCCGGCGGAGCGGCGCCAUCUGAGAGCUUGUCUGUCCUUCUCUCCCCCACCCCGUGCCCUCUGUGCCCCCCGGAACCAGCGGCUGCAGCUGCAGGUGACCCGGCUGCACGAGGCGUUCAGGAGCCAGGAGUCCCGGUGGGCCGCGGCUCAGCGCCAGCUCCAGAGCCAGAUAGACGCUCUCGCGCGACAGAACCAGGAGCUCCGGGAUGGACUGAAGGCCCUGGGGCCGCUGCGGCUGGGAGCCAGGGAGGCCGACUCAGCGGCCCUGGGCACCAGAAGGAAGCCGGACGCUCUGGUGUCGCAAUCUGCUUUUGGGAAAACGUUACCACUGUCAACUGAUGAAGAAAUAUUAGUGAAACAUGCAGGCCGCAGAAGUCGUAGUGCUACUGUCAUAGGACAAGGACCGUCAUCUAAACAUCUCCCUUCUUCCCAGGCCACACGCCGGUCCUCCCGAAGACUGCAAGAACCGAGUAGCCUAAACCCGCCAGAGCCCGCCACGGGUGUUGUCAGGCUCAAGGAGGACCGCCCAGCAGCUGAGGAAAAUGGCAUGCGUUCACAGCCUUGCAUGGGUCCUGAGGGCAGGCUUCUCAACCCAGAGCAGACUGAUGGGUCUGCCCACUCCCUGCUGGGCACUGCCAAGCCACAGAAUGCUCCUGUAGAUCCAGGACCUUCCCACAUGGACCCCGAGAUAAAGCAGGGGGACAAAGAAGAAGAAACGCGGCCCCCGGCCGGUGAGGUGGCUCAGGCACUUGGUGACGGCCGUGAAGCUAUCACCUUUUCGAAGGGCACCGGCAAGGACAGGGGGGCCGGCAAGAAGACCACCGUCCUGCGGUUUUUAAACAGGGACAUGAAGAAGAUCCUGCCAGAUCGGAGAGUGGUUUACUAUUAUGCAGACGCUCAGAUAAUGCGCACAACCUAUCCCAGCGGUUUGGACAUCGUGCGGUUUCCUGACAAGCAGACAGAAAAAUACCACCCUGAUGGUUCAAAGGAAAUCGUGUUUCCGGACGGGACAGUGAAACGUCUGAGUGACGGAUGUGAAGAGACUGUGUUUCCUGACGGGACAGUCGUCAGGGUGGAAAGGAACGGCGACAGAACCAUUGUGUUCAGCAAUGGGCAGAAGGAGAUCCAAACGGCUGGGUUCGAGAGGAGGGAAUACCCCGACGGUACCGUCAAGACUGUGUACUGCACGGGCUACCGGGAAACGCGGUCUGCAUCCGGGGCCGUGAAGAUCAGGUACCAGCCUGGAAACGUCCUCCCGGACAGACGGAGCUGGGCACCCCUCAAAACCCAAGGCCUCCCAGAGAAUAAGCAGCACGUUGGAAGUUAGUGGAUUUUUAUGCUCACGUGGAGAAUCCCCCGAUCCCAGGGAAGGAAUACCUUCUUGAACAAUCUUAUCGCAAGAUGUGGGUUUAUGUAUGUGUUUUUGAUAUGUACUCGUGUUUUUAUUUGCUGGACAUGAAAGAUCUUAGUUUAGUAGCCGUAAUUAUUUGUCUACUGUGGCCACGUUACGGAGGUCGUCAGUAUGUCGCUAAUGCUGUUUAAAGGGACCCAGGGACAGCGUGCUCUCAGCUCUGAAGGAAAACAGAGGCACUCCCCGGGCAGCUGACCUGGACGGAGACUUUUCCUUUCCGAUGACUAUGGCCAGGUCACUUUUCAGAUUAACAGGUAAAACUAAUCUGUUACGGAAAAGCUGCUUUUGGUUUGGCUAAAAAAAAAAAAAAUGAACUUGCCAAUUGUUUUAUGUUGAAUCGGCUUAUCU